AAUCUAGAUUCGGUUUUGACUUCUUAUCCGCCUCAUUUUUUCCACUUAGAAACAGUCAUUGCAGAUAAUGUUCUUCGAUUGUUUAUCGGACAGCGAUGAAUACAGUAACAAAACUAAUUAUUUAUUGCUGUGCGAACGUGAAUGGGGACCGAGUGGACAGAAAGUGGCGGACAUUACCAAGUCUAGGAAGGAGAAAGUAUAGCUGCCAAGGUAGGACUUUCACAGUGAGGAAGGACAUGGCAGCUGGCAGUGGUGCAGGAGCAGCCAGCGUGGGCAUUGCGGGCAGUGCCGUGGUGGGUGCUUCGAGCAACAUCCUCAGAGGAGCUGCGGCGAUCGCCUCUUGUGUGGCGGGCCCCACCUCCAGGAUAAGUCCGGAGAACUUCAAGCUGUGGGCAGAGCACCUGCUGCGUGCGCGGGGCGACAACGGCAUCUGUCGCGACCCCGUCAACUCCCACUACCUGGAAGGCGACGCAGUCGCCAUGGGGUACUUCGGUCAGACACCGAUGUACGAACGUUUUGCCGGGCCGUGGCGCUCGUCUCCGCUGCAGAUGCACGAUGUCGACUGGGACCCUCCUCCGGAAUAUCGCAUCAAUUCCACAAUUAGGGAUAAACUGGCUCCUGUCGAUUUACGCCUGUACGGGGACGACGUGCUGUUUUAUACAUUUUAUGCAUUUGUCUCCGAAGCACUGCAAAUACUGGCUGCUAAUGAGCUUUACCUGAGAGGCUGGCGGUUCCACAUACAGCGACGAGUGUGGCUGCGGCAGACUUCACGCAGCUGGGCGAUAUUCGAGCCGUGGUCGUGGCAGGUGGUGGAGCGCGACUUGGACGUGGACGUGUCGCUGCUGGAGGGGCGGCCCUUCCCGCCCAAGUCGUACUGCGCCCGCAGUUCGGCCUCCGAAGCCGAGCGGGAGGUGCCAGGCGUCGGGGCGGUGCCGGGGCGCGUCCGGCCCGGCGUCCCCCGCCCGCCAUUCCCACAGCACUGCCACAGACAGGGGGUGCAGGCCGCCCGCCACCACCACUGCCACCGGACGCAGUUCGAGCGGCGGCAGGGCGAGUGCCCGGAUGAUGGGCACCGGGAGGCGCACCUCGAGCUCGAACACUUCCGCGAGCGGCCGCAGCCGCAGCACCGGCACGAGUCGCAGCAGGAUCUGCGGCAGCGUCGGCAGCUCGAGUUGCAGCAGCAGCAGCGCUGGCAGCACGAACUGCAGCAGCAGAGGCAGCUGGAACAGCAGCAGCAGCAGCACCACCACCACCACCCUCAGGGCCAGAGCCGACAGCUGUGCAACCACCACAGCUACCAGCAGCAGCAGCAGAAUCUCCACUUCCACCAGACGCUUCAGCUGCAGCUGCAGCAGCACAACCAGAACCAGCAGCAGGCGGUGCUUCCAAGUGACUACCACCACGCCCAAGCUGUGCACCGCCAGCUGCACGUGCAGUAUCACCAGUUCGGCGGCAACGUAGUAGUGGGCCUGCCGCCGGUACACCACGGUGUCGCCGUGGCGGAUGCCGCGGCAGACGGUCGGACGUCGGUCGUGGCGGCGGCGGCAGUACCUCCCGACUGCCGAGUCACGAUAUGAGUGCCCGGCUGCAGUUCUGCACGCUUCUGUAUGCCGGUGGCUGAAUAAUUGCCGCAUUUCUGACUGUACGCUUGAGCUGUGGAAGAUUCUCGGCUGUUAUAGUGCCUCGUGGAUAGGUAAUGAAUAUGUUUGUUCAGAUGGGCACCUUCUGUGGUGGGGUAUAUAUCUCAGUUAUUAUUCCUUUUUUCUGUCUUAAGUGAUCUGCAAUUUAAUAAUGUUCUGCAACGUACGUGUUUGCUUUUAUUUACAGAGCGUCAUUAAUGGUGGUUCUAUAAAUAUACUGUAAGUCGGACUUUCACAUUUUGCCAUUUAUAGACUAAAAAUAGUUUUUCCUUGCGAGAUGGUGUACAGUAUACUUACAGUGUUUGUUACUCCCCUCAACUCAUUCCAAAGUCUACUGGUUUUUCCCAUGCCAUCAGCAGAGGCUGAAGGGGGGUGAGGGGGAGGGGGAAGGGAGACCUCGGUUUGACUUUCACCAACCCCAAUUUUUCAGCUUUUAGGAACUCACUUUUUCUUUUGAUGUAUUAGCAUUUUGUGCACUUCAUAAAACUUCCUACUACUGAUCUUCGCGCUACAUUUUACAAAAGUAAGUGUAGUGUAAAAACUACAAAUGUAGCAAAAGAAUGAGCAGGUUUCUAAAAGCCGUAGAAUUGUGAUAGUGAAAGUGCACCGAUUUUUUUUUUCUCUUAACCUUUGGUAACAACAAGAGGAGGAACAUGUUGACUUGAGAAUACGUAAAAAGAAUUACUUAACACUGUUUGCCAGAUACAUAAGGAAAAAUGUUUUUAAUCUAUAAACAGAAAAAUUUAGAACUAUUUUACAUUUACAGUACCCACACUUAUGCUUUGUAAAUAAAAGUGAAAUGCUUCUGAUGUAUGAAUCUAUGAAACUGCUGUACACUUAAGACAUAAAAAGCAAAUAAUAACUGAGGUAAGUAAUUGCUACGUAUUACUACAUUCCCUUACUGAACUAUCUCCGUCUACUUUCUCUGUAGUUCCUUUAGGAGAAUUAUCUCAUCGAUGCCUCGUGUGGAGGUUGUAGGCAAGUAGGUGACUGACCUAGUAAAUGUAUAGCCAAAAUGUGAAAAUGCUCAAAAAACACUUUCUCUAGUGAUUACAUUAACCAAAUGCGCACACAAAAGCAAUAGAGUGUGAAGAGGAACGUAAGUGAACUGGGGUGUGACACCAGGGUGUUUUGUUGUCCUGUUGUAUGUGUGCUAGUGUCCUUUGCUAGUCAUUAGUGUAGGAAUACCAGUCUGAAUUGAUACCCAAUGUCUUUCUUUAACUAGUUAUAAAUUCUUUCUUCCUUUGUUUGUGUGUUUGUGUGUUUGUGUUUGUGUG